GUUUCCCUAAGCAAGAUUUCAACCCUUUUCUAUGAACUACAUCGCAUAUCUCUUCAUAAGCGAUAGAAGAAAUAAUUCGCUUCAAUUGUAAGGUAGACUGAGCAUUUGUGGCAAGUGCCCGACCUUCGGGUGAUCUUCCCGUGUGACCGUCGCUCCAAUCAUUGCUUUUUGAUAAGGUCUCACAGUUCAGGUGCACAAGGUCUCACAUGGAGGAACUAUAUACGGACCAGUCCUACGAUGGACUUGAUCACUUAAUUUUCACCAUACUACGAUGCUGGAGUCUCCCUUUGAUGGUCUCUAGGGAUGGCAGCUGUCCAGCCUCAAGCUCCUCCCUCUCAAUGCGAGAUAGAGAUACCAUGGCCACUAUGUGCGGUAACUCUCCUCGUCCUCGCUCUCAAUACCAUGGCACAGCCUGCGGGUCGACUCUGCGGACAUCAUAGACUUCGACGAACAUAUCUUAUCAGCUCCCCACUUAUGUGUAUCUACGACCUGCUCUUCGUCCUUAUAUACCCUCUAUAUAUCUGCACGAGAUACUCGGUGAACAUAUCAACGGGAAUAACUCUUCUGCUUUCUGAACGAUUCUCCGCGCCGGUGCCAGAAGAAAAAUUCCACGCUCUGGCCCAGCGGACCUGGUUACGAUGGCUGUUCUUUGUGCUAGGCCCUCUACCUCUGACGAUCCUGCUAGUGGGCUCGAAAGGCAUCUUAUGGACGCAGGUGAUUGGAAGUAUAUUUUUUGUAGACUGGUUGGUGGGGGAAGUAUUGAUAUACCUAUCAACAACUCCACACUUCUCCUCCCAGGAGCAUGAGAAUGUUCCAGACAUGCCGGACCUUAUGGCCUAUACUGGAUAUACCUUUGUAGGCUUCACUAUUCUUGCUUGGACAUGGUUGCUCUGGACGCCGUUCUUGCGCUUGGAAAGUCUUCAGCAGAACCCUUUUCUUUCGCUCGCCAUUAAUCUUCUCUUCAUUUGCGUGGUUCCUGGUUGCAUAGCGUGGGCUCUUGCCCUUGGACCGGAGUUUCUAGGUUUGGGAAGGUUUCUUGAAAGGCAUAUGACACUGAGUAGAUGGAUGUGCUUAGCGUUCCCAGAUUAUGAUGGCUAUUACUUUUUGGAUACAGGUGCGUGGCAUUAUGCGGUGGUGUUCCUGGCAAAUGUGGUAUUUGGCGUUCUGGCGUAUGCGUUGUAUUAUGAUCCGAGAGGCACAGAAUUUCCAAGUUGGUUUAAAUGGAUGUUGAAGACUUAGGCCACAAUAGACUCUACCAGAUCGCGGAUUGAACCUUCAAUUCUAGAAUGAACAAUGAAUGCUAGUCUAGUGUAC